GUCAUCAUUGUCCUUCAUAACGUUCGAAAAACUGUGUGAGCAAAACAUUCGCUGUAGAAAUAUCAUAAAUCUACUCGUAAAAAAAUGUCCAAAAAACUAGCCGCCGAAAACUCGAUCCACAAGGAGCAGGAACCGGGUGUGAUCAACAAUGACAUGCUCACCAAGGCCAUCAUCGAGCAGGGCCACAAGGGUGAAGCGGGCCGGCUGGCCCGGAUGGAUCAGGUCCAGCUGGAGGCCAUCACCGUCAUCCGGUUGGAGUUCCAGAACAUCCUCAAGAUCGAUCAUCUGUGGGUGCUGAAAAAUCUGGAAGUUCUCUCGUUGGCUUUCAACAAGAUUGACAAAAUAGAAAACCUGCACCGGUUGGCCAAGCUGAAGGAGCUGAACCUUUCGUUCAACUUCAUUGAGAAAAUUGAAAAUCUGGACAAGCUAGUUCGGCUGCGGACGCUGUCCAUUUUUGGCAAUCGUAUCGCUAAGCUGCAGAACCUGGACCAUUUGGAGAAUCUGGUGAUUCUAAGUGCCGGUAAGAACAACAUCGCCACCCUGGACGGUAUCGAGCGGUUGCGUUUUCUGAAGGACCUGCGCUCGUUGAAUCUGGCGGAAAAUCCAAUUGCGACGGACGGGAGUAAACCGUUGAGGCUGUACGUUGCUUGUCUGUUGCCCCAGCUUAAGUACUAUCAGUACGUGCUGAUCAAACCGGAAGAACGGACUGCCGGAAAGGAGAUGUUUUCUCGAGAAAUUCAGGACAUUUUGGAGCUAGAAAAGUACGAGAUUGUUGAGAGGGAGAGAAGUGCCAAGGAAAAGGCCGAUGAGGUGUACUUGUCCAAGAGUUUCGUUGAGCACUUGAACGGGCAUCAGUUGUUUAGUUCUCUUUUCACCGGUGAUCCUGACGGUGAAGCGUUGCUGGCCAUCGGCAAUGACGCGUUGGAGUUGAAGAAUGAGUAUCAAGCAGAGGCAUACGGAUUCACGCAGAAAAUCUACAAGAUAGGCCUGGAGCAGUACGAGCGGCGCCAAGAGGAGCUCAAACUGUACAACAGCUGCAUCGAUUCGGAACGCAAGAAAGCCCAAAAACUCGGUCAAGACAUCAUCAACCACUUUUUGGAGGUGUACAACCGUUUGUGCCCGCGGGUUAAACAGAUCGUGAUCAGCAUGGACCGGGACGCCCUGAAGCAUGUGGAGUCGCUGUCGGCACAUCACGCGCUUCAGCCGUUGCUCGAUGAACUUGAGCUGGCCAAGGACGAGUUCAACUCGGUCUUUGAGGACUCGUGGCACACGCUCAUGAACAUCGAAAUGCAGCUGUUUGAGCGCACCGAGGAGGGCAAUUCAAACUUUGAGAACACGAUCAAAGAGAUGACCAACGAGUUUAUCGAGCAAGCCCAGGCUCAGUUUGUUCUGCUGCGCGAGGCCGAAACCAGCUUCAGCGAGGCACUGAUCGGGGUCGUUCAGCAGUUCGUCACGUUCAAGGCCGCUUCCGGUCACGCGCACGAAAUCCCACGUGCAUUACAGGAGGCCCUGGAAGACAAGGACGUGAUUGGCAAUCUGGCCGCCGGAAUGCGUGACAGUCACAUGCAGUUGAUUGACGCUCGCGAGGACAAGCUAAUCAACCGAAGCCGAACCUGGGUGCGCGAGCUGUGCGACGGACUGCAGAACUCCGAGAUCAAGAGAAAUCGCGCCAAGGUGCUGGAGAUUACGUACUUCCUCGAUCAGCAUCGGCAGUACUUUUAUGCUCUGUUUGAAGAGGUUAUUCCGACGCAGGGCGAGAGGAAAUCAGUUACGGCGAGAGUUCAAUUUACGGUUGAUAAUAAUUGAUUGGUGUAUUUUGCGAUAUUUUUAUAUUUAUUUACAAGUCAUGAUCAAUUAAACUAUUUUGCGUGUUUGUACUACAA